CCGCGCGGAGCGGGUUCGCGGGCGGUGGUUCCCCUGCGGGCCGGGCUCUGCAGGGAGGGCCGUCAUUCGGUGCUUACGUGAGUUGUCCGUUAGCGCCAGUGUCCAGGCGAAACUGGGACUGGACGUUGAGGCCGGCCCAAGCCGGGGGUCUGGCCUCUCCAGCUCCGCUGGCGCUAAGUGAGUUACUGCAGGCGGAGCUUGUGGGACUGCACCCGGGCUCCAGCUCUCGUUGUUUCUGUGUGUCUGGCCGACUCUCCCCGAGCAGGACCCGGCUGCGCGGGGCGGGAGAACGAGGCAGGGCUGACGUGGCUUCCUGCUGGGAGCAGGGUCACGUCCCAGCGCCGCUGGCUGGCGUCACUUACCCGCAGUGGCGGAGAUCCUGAGAUGUUCGGAGGGGUUUUGUCUCACAGCCUGCAUAUCAGCCAGCCUCAGUGCCUUCCUGAGAACAGGCCAGUAUGCCCAAGAUAGCCCUGAAUGGCGUGACAGUGGACUUCCCCUUCCAGCCGUACAAAUGCCAGGAGGAGUACAUGAGCAAGGUGCUGGAGUGUCUGCAGAAGAAAGUGAAUGGCAUCCUGGAGAGCCCCACGGGCACAGGGAAGACACUGUGCCUCCUCUGCACCACGCUGGCCUGGCGGGAGCACCUCCGUGACACCAUCUCUGCCCGCAAGAUCGCUGAGAGGGCGCAGGGAGGGCUUUUUGUCAAUCACACCUUGUCCUGGGGAGCUGCCGCUUCCGAUGGAGACAGCACAGCCUGCUACUCGGACGUCCCAAAGAUCAUUUAUGCCUCCAGGACCCACUCGCAGCUCACUCAGGUCAUCAGCGAGCUUCGGAGCACCUCCUACCGGCCCAGGGUAUGUGUGCUGGGUUCCCGGGAGCAGCUGUGUAUCCACCCCGAGGUGAAGAAGCAGGAGAGUAACCACAUGCAGAUCCACUUGUGCCGGAAAAAGGUGGCUAGUCGUUCCUGUCACUUCUACAACAACGUGGAAGAGAAGAGCCUGGAGCAGGAGCUGACUACCUCCAUCCUGGACAUUGAAGACCUGGUCAAAAGUGGGAACAAGCACAAGCUGUGCCCGUACUACCUGUCUCGGAACCUGAAGCAGCAGGCUGACAUCAUCUUCAUGCCAUACAACUACUUGUUGGACGCCAAGAGCCGCCGGGCGCACAGCAUUGACCUGAAGGGGACGGUUGUGAUUUUCGACGAAGCUCACAAUGUGGAAAAGAUGUGUGAGGAGUCGGCAUCCUUCGACCUGACCCCCCAUGACGUGGCUUCUGGACUGGACGCCAUAGACCAGGUCUUGGAGGAGCAGACCAAGGUGGCACAGCAGGGCGAGUUCCACUUGGACUUCAGUGCGGACUCUGCCGCCUCAGGGCUGCGCAUGGAGUUGGAAGACCUCGCCAAGCUCAAGGUGAUCCUGCUUCGCCUGGAGGGGGCCAUCGAUGCCAUUGAGCUGCCGGGGGACCAGAGUGGUGUCACCAAGCCAGGGAGCUACAUCUUUGAGCUGUUUGCCGAAGCCCAGAUAACCUUUCAGACCAAAGGCUGCAUCCUCGACUCCCUGGACCAGAUCAUCCAGCACCUGGCAGGACGUAUGGGGCCGUUCACCAACACAGCGGGGCUGCAGAAGCUCUCAGACAUCAUCCAGAUUGUGUUCAGUGCAGACCCUGCGGAGGGCGUGUCUAGUUCUGUGAUGGGGCCUGGGGUCUCUCAAUCCUACAAGGUGCACAUCCACCCUGAUGCCAGUCACCAGAGGACAGCUCGGCGAUCAGACGCCUGGAACGCCACGGCGGCCAGAAAGCAAGGGAAGGUGCUGAGCUACUGGUGCUUCAGCCCCGGCCACAGCAUGCGCGAGCUGGUCCGCCAGGGCGUCCGCACGCUCAUCCUCACCAGCGGCACACUGGCCCCCGUGUCCUCCUUCGCCCUGGAGCUGCAGAUCCCUUUCCCAGUCUGCCUGGAGAACCCACACGUCAUCGACAAGCACCAGAUCUGGGUGGGGAUCGUCCCCAAAGGCCCCGAUGGAGCCCAGCUGAGCUCUGCCUUUGACAAACGGUUUUCUGAUGCAUGCCUGUCCUCCCUCGGCAAGGCGCUAGGCAACAUCGCCCGCGUGGUCCCGCACGGGCUCCUGGUCUUUUUCCCUUCCUACCCCGUCAUGGAGAAAAGCCUGGAGUUCUGGCGGGCCCGUGACUUUGCCAGGAAGCUGGAGGCCCUGAAGCCUCUAUUUGUGGAGCCGAGGAGCAAAGGUGGCUUCUCAGAGGUGGUGGAUGCUUAUUACACUCGAGUCGCCUCCCCCGGGUCCAACGGGGCUACUUUCCUGGCUGUGUGCCGGGGGAAGGCCAGCGAGGGGCUAGACUUUGCGGACACGAACGGCCGCGGUGUGAUCGUCACGGGCCUGCCGUACCCCCCACGCAUGGACCCCCGGGUGGUCCUCAAGAUGCAGUUCCUGGACGAGUUGAAGGGCCGCAGCGGGCCUGGAGGUCAGCUCCUCUCCGGGCACGAGUGGUACCGGCAGCAGGCGUCCAGGGCUGUGAACCAGGCCAUCGGGCGGGUGAUCCGGCAUCGCCACGACUACGGGGCCAUCUUCCUCUGUGACCACAGGUUCACUCACGCGGAUGCCAGAGCCCAGCUGCCCUCCUGGGUGCGCCCCCACGUCAAGGUGUAUGACAGCUUCGGCCACGUCAUCCGGGACGUGGCCCAGUUCUUCCGUGUUGCCCAGAAAACUAUGCCGGUGCCGGCCCCGCUACUCGCUGCCCCAAGUCUGGGUGAGGGAGAAGGUGCUGUCAUGGUGGCCGUGUCGCCCGGCCCCCUCUCCACCAGGAAAGCCAAGAGUCUGGACGUGCACGUCCCCAGCCUGAGGCGGAGACCCGUGGGGUCGCCGACCAGGGACGCCGAGAGCAGCCUGUGUGUAGAGUACGGGCGGGAGCUGGCCCUCGCUCGGCAGAGGCCUGUGGGGCUGCUGGCAGCCCUGGAACACAGCGAGCAUCUGGCUGGGGGGCCUGGAGACAAGGCCUCCCCUGGGGAGGAGGAGUGUCACAAGGGGCCUGGGGGCUCUGAGGGCGUGGCCAGGACCACAAUGUGUCCCCCCCAGGCAGCGCAUGUCUCCACCCUGUCCCUCCCACGUGAGAAGAGGCCUGCACAGCAGCAGAAAGGAGGCAGAAGGAAGAUCAGGCUGGUGGGCAGCCGGCAGGAGGGGCCGGUGGCCAGUACACAGGCGGGCAGAGCCAAGCUGUUCAUGGUGGCCGUGAAGCAGGCGCUGAGCCAGGCCAGCUUCGACAUGUUCACCAGGGCCCUGCAGGACUACAAGGGCUCUGACGACUUUGAGGCUCUGGUGGCCUGCCUCGGCCCACUCUUUGCUGAGGAUCCCAAGAAGCACGGCCUGCUCCAAGGCUUCUACCAGUUCGUGCGGCCACACCACAAGCAGCAGUUUGAGGAGGUCUGCCUGCAGUGGACAGGCCAUGGCUGCGGCCACCGGCCUGAGCACAGCCUUCCUCAGAGGCGGGGCGCUCCGUCAGCCCAGGCCCCCAGGGGAAGGAGGGAGUGUGACCCAAAGCUGACCCUGUCCCAGGGUGCAGCCGGGCAGCUGGACCCUGGACAGCACCUGAAUCAAGGCAGGCCUCACCUGGUCUCCGGACCGGCCCCGGCAGGAGACCCCAGCAGCUGUCCAAAAGAGGGGGGAUCUGGAGCCCCCAGGGCAGAGAAGCAAGGCCCGCCUGUGGGGAGCGCCUACUUGGCCGAUGUCCGCAAGGCCCUUGGGUCCGUAGGCUGCAGCCAGCUCCUCGCAGCGCUCACCGCCUACAGACGGGACGGUGACUUCGAGAAGGUGGUGGCCGUGGCGGCCGCACUCACUACCUCAAGGCCCGAGGACUUGCGCCUGCUGGAGAGGUUUGGCGCGUUCCUGAGACCUCGCCACCAGCAGCGCUUCCGGCAGGUGUGCGCCGACCUGAUGGGCCCAGCCGCCCCGAGCGCGGGCCCUGAGCUGCCGGGUCCCCAGGACGGGACUCCCACUGUGCCUCCCGACCUCGCCCACGGUGAUUCCAGGCCAGACUCGCGCCUGUGUCUCCAGGCCCCCCAGGACAGGACAAACCCGGGAGGACCCAGAGCAAGAUCUUGGCCUUCCUUAGACCGAGGCAGGCCGGGGAUGCGGGGGCUCCCAGCCAGCCCCCCAGCGCCCCCCACAGGCACGCGCCGUCCGAGUCCGGCUCGGCGUGCCCCGGCUGCGGGGCGGAGGACACGGUCCCUUUCCAGUGCCCUUCCUGCAACUUCCACCGCUGCCGGGCCUGCUGGCGACGGCUCCUCCAGGCCUCUAGGACUUGCCCGGCCUGCCACGCCCCUGCCAGGAAGCAGAGCAUCACGCAGGUCUUCUGGCCAGAGCCCCAGUGAGGCUGGAGACCCUCGGGCAGGCGGACGCCGCCUCUGUCCCAGACGCAGCUGGGACACUUGUCCCUUCACGGGGUGCGGGUCACGGGCCAGGCCAGUGCCCGUGGGGAUGCCCCUGAAAUGGCAGCAGGAUCGACGCCUGCCUAUGAGAAGCCCCGAAGUACCCUUAGGGUCUGGGGAGGGUCUGCUAAAAGGUACCUCUUCAGAACUUUCCUUGGCUGCUUGUUUGUGGGUGGAGCUUCAGGCGCUUGGCUGCUGCGGCCUGAGCCCAGGACUGGAAGGUGGGGGAAACGCUCUGCCCCCUCCUCUCCGGGACCUGUGUGUGCCGCGCGCGCGCAGUGGAUCUGCUUUUAAUCAGGUGACAGGUUCUCUAAUAAAGUUGCGGAUACCGUAUCCAGACGCUGUUUGUAGGGUCUGGACUUGGCAGUGGGGUUUGAGGGUGCUGGGAAGGAAGACGUGGGCAUCUGAGUAGGGUCGUCCCACCCUGUCCGGGAAAGGGCACGCUGAGCGCUUUGUCCCAACUGGGCUCAGCCUCCGUCCUCACAGGUGGACCGGCAGAUGGCUGGGGCCAGAGAAGAGAGGAGCCAGGCAUCCCCAGCCUGCACCCCGGCUGCCAGCCCUGCUCCCGGGUAGAGAGCUGCCCCUGG